UUAGCUUAUUCGGUUGUGAUCAAGUGGCAGCGUCCUUUAGUACCCAAUGGCCCAAUUUCAUACUAUACAGUUUGUUACAAGAUUAAUAUGGUUAGUAGCAAACAAACUUGCAGAAGAACUACCACUACUGAAAGUUGGCUCACCAACCUCAAACCUUUCUCUCAUUACCUUAUAAUUGUGAAGGCUGUCAAUGUUGAAAAACCCAAUAUACUGGAAAGCAAGUGGAGCACGCAAAUACAAUUCCGAACUUUGUCAUCUAUUCCAAGCCAGCCACGACAAUUGACAGUCACUGACAAACAAAUACAAUCAGUUCGUCUUAAGUGGCAAAAACCGUCUAAUCCUAAUGGAAGGAUAGCAAAAUAUGAGAUUAUUGUAGUGCAGGGAGGAGGUAUUGAUGCUAGUAACUAUGAUAGCAAGAUGGUGGUUGUUAACAAGACUGUCAGUGGGAGCAUCUCAGCUUACACAGUAACUGGAUUGACAGAGUUAACACGUUACAGUGUGUGGAUUGUUGCAGUCAAUAUUCGACGAACUGACAAAGCAAAAUUGACAAGUCGUCCAAGUCAAGUGAUAACGUUUGAUACUAAAGGUGGAGGUUAGUGU